CUAACAAUUCCACCGGGACUAUUUCUUCUGCGGAUGAAAUAAUUGUUUACUCAGUGGGUCCUCCGUUCCUUUUGUUGUUGCUACCACAGCGUUGCCUAGGCGUCCGUAGCAACGCUCAGUAUAUGUUAGGGGUGCCAACACCAAACAGCUGACUAGUGGAUAGACCGUCGCCCUGCAAGCAGCUCGCAUCAUUUGUAGCAAGUUUUUACCGGACAUUAUCCUGAACCAUGCCCGAGGAAGAGCAGAGGACGAGGCCCAUGAUUGCGGCACGGGAGAGAGGACCCGGCCCGGGAAGGUAUGCCCUGCCGAGCAACGUGGGCUACAUCAAGCAUGACUUCACCAAGAGGAUGAACCCCUCCUACACCCUCGCCAAGCGGCUGGAGGACACAAUGUUUAAGAAGGACUGCAGCCCAGGACCCGGCUACUUCAUCGAACCCAGAAUCACCAAGCACGGUGUGGACGGGACGCCGUCCUACUCUGUCUCCGGUCGUAUCAAGGAUCCAAGAGUGUUCCAGCCCCCAGGCCCUGGGGCAUACUCCCCGGAGAAGGUCCACCCCCAGGGGGAGCGGCACGCCCCUGUGUACUCCAUGGCGGCCCGUACGCGCUACCGUAAGCGGGACGCCGUGCCCGCCCCCAACAGCUACAGCCUGCCCCAGCUGCUGGGCUCCAAGGUGCCCAACAAGUUCUCCAGUGCCAGCUACUCCAUGACGGCUCGCUCCAAGACGGGCAGUUUCUCGGAGGACCUCGCCAAGGCGCCCGGGCCGGGCCGGUACAACGCCACCGACCCGAACAUUGUCAACAACAAGAAGCCGGCCUACUCCAUGUUAGGGCGCAGCUUCAUGCCGGGAGACUCCACCAAGAAGCCGGGACCCGGCGCGCAUUACCCGGAGAGAGUUUACGUCACGAAGAAGAAGGCGCCCACAUAUUCGCUGGGCAUCAGGCACUCAGAGUACAUCACACCCCUCAUUGUGGACGUGGCUGACUAAAGCAGCUCCAGACUCACACAGCCAGCUCAUGAGAUUCCCACAUGCUGCUACCGUUCAGUAGUGUUUUACUCUCAGCCAACGUCAAAACAGUUGUUUAUUUAUCUGUGAAAGUAAACACAUCGAAUAGCAAACUGACUUUUACUACCUUUACUGGGAUAUGAACGCCAAGACAUGUCUUUUCAGUGUUGUAUUGUUAUCAUUUGAUAUAUGUAAUCAUAUUUCAGUAUUUACGACAUAGCAAACAGGUUCCCAAUACUGAAUGUGGUGUUUAUCCAAGGACUUAACAGUGGAACUGUGAUCCAGGAUGUAGUUUAGUCACAAUAAUUUACAAUGUGAAUGCAAUUUAUACCUAGAUCUAGUUAUCUUGCUUUUUGUUGUAACAAUUAACAUUGUAUAUUUGGUUGCCAUGGGUUGCACAGUUUUGAAAAGUCUAUUGUCUUUUUUGUCAAUAAAGGAUCAUGUUUUUUCACA